AUGGAUAGUCCCCUGAAACAGAUGGAUAGUCCCAUGAAACAGAAGGAUAGUCCCCUGAAACAGAUGGAAAGUCUCCUGAAACAGAUGGAUAGUCUCCUGAAACAGAUGGAUAGUCUCCUGAAACAGAUGGAUAGUCCCUUGAAACAGAUGGAUAGUCCAUUGAAACAGAUGGAUAGUCCCUUGAAACAGAUGGAUAGUCCCCUGAAACAGAUGGAUAGUCCCCUGAAACAGAUGGAUAGUCCCAUGAAACAGAAGGAUAGUCCCCUGAAACAGAUGGAAAGUCUCCUGAAACAGAUGGAUAGUCCCCUGAAACAGAUGGAUAGUCCCCUGAAACAGAUGGAUAGUUACCUGAAACAGAUGGAUAGUCCCCUGAAACAUAUGGAUAACCUCCUGAAACAGAUGGAUAGUCCCUUGAAAAUGAUGGAUAGUCCCCUGAAACAUAUGGAUAGUCUUCUGAAACAGAUGUAUAGUCCCCUGAAACAGAUGGAUAGUCCCAUGAAACAGAUGGAUAGUCCCCUGAAACAUAUGGAUAGUCUUCUGAAACAGAUGGAUAGUUCCCUGAAACAGAUGGAUAGUCCCUUGAAACAGAUGGAUAGUCCCUUGAAACAGAUGGAUAGUCCCCUGAAACAGAUGUAUAGUCCCCUGAAACAGAUGGAUAGUCCCCUGAAACAUAUGGAUAGUCCCCUGAAACAGAUGGAUAGUCCCCUGAAACAGAUGGAUAGUCCCUUGAAACAGAUGUAUAGUCCCCUGAAACAGAUGGAUAGUCCCAUGAAACAGAUGGAUAGUCCCCUGAAACAGAUGGAUAGUCCCAUGAAACAGAUGAUCUGA